AUGCUGGAGAGGGAUGUGGUGUCCUGGAACGCGAUGCUCGUUGCCUACAUCCACAGCGGAGAUCUCCGCCGCGCCCUGGCAAUCUUCGAUGCGAUGAGGGAGAGGAAUGUCACGUCCUGGAAUUUCAUCGUCACAGCGUGCGCGCAGCACGACGAUCUCCUCCAGGCCUGCCAGAUCUUCGACCGGAUGCCGCUCAGGAACGUCGUGUCUUGGAACGCGAUCGUCGCUGCCUAUGCCGAGAGCGGCGAGCUGCCUCGGGCGAAAUUUCUCUUCGAUCUCUCGCCCGAGGCCAAUGUCUUCUCCUGGACGAUCCUGAUCACUUGCUACGGCGAGAAUCAGGAGCUGGACUGGGCAAGAACGAUGUUCUUGAGGAUGCCGUGCCGAAAUAUCGUCUCCUGGAACGCGAUCCUGACGGCCUACGCAUCGAUCGGGGACAUGGACCAGGCGACGCGCUGCUUGGACGCGAUGCCUGAGCGGGAUCUGGUGUCCUGGAACGCGACGAUCUCCGGAUUCGUCCAGAUCGGCCGCUUCCUCGAUGCCAAAGCCCUGUUUGAGAGAUUUCCUGCGACCGACAUCGUUUCUUGGAACGCGAUUCUUACCGCCGAGGCCGAGGCGCGCGAUACGGCCGCCGCGAAGGAGCUCUUUGACGAUCUACCAAAGGCGGACAUUGUGUCUUGGCACAUCUUGAUCGCUGCGUUUGCCCAGAAUGGCGACCUGGACUCCUCAAGAACCCUAUUCUCAAGAAUGUGUAAGUGGACAAUAUUUUCUUGGAACGUGAUGGUCGCGGCGUACGGACAAAAUGGCCAGAUCGAACAGUCGGAAAUUACCUUUAGGAAAAUGGACGGGCGAGAUCUGGUAAGCUGGAAUGCCAUGGUAGCGGCAUAUGCCCAGAACGGGUACUUUGACCAUGCUGAAAGAUUCUUUGAUCUAAUGCCACGGAGGGACGUGGUUUCGUGGAACUCUAUGGUUUCGGGAUUGAUAAACCUUGGAGAGAUUGACGUGGCAAGGGAGAGAUUUUUCGAUCAAAUGCCCCAAAAGAACGUUGUCUCGUGGAACAUGAUGAUAUCGGCAUAUUCCGGGGACGAUAGAAACGAUGAGGCGCUGGCGCUAUUUCGCGCCAUGGAUGUGUCCCCGGAUCGAGUCACAUUCGCGGUGGCGCUGGAGAUUUGUGCGAAUCUUUCCGACGUGGAGCAGGGCAAAGAGAUCCACCGCCGCAUCACAGAGGGAGGUCGGGGUUUCGAAUCCCACCCCCAAAUCGAGACCGCCCUGCUAAACAUGUAUGCCCAGUGUGGGGAUAUCUCCCUCACCAGCUCCAUCUUUGAGGAGCUGUCCAGGCGGGAUUUGACGGCGUGGAACGCGAUGAUCCACGGGUACGCGCGAAUUGGCGAGCUGGGAUCGAUGCUAGAGGUGUUCUUCCGGAUGCUGCUCGAAGGAAUCGGCCCCAAUUUCGCGAGCCUCGUGUCGAUUGUGUCGGCGUGCAGCCAUGGCGGGAUGUUUGACGAGGGAUUCGCGUUUUUCCGGGGAAUUCUCAAGGAUUUUGGUGUGAACCUCGUGAUCGAUCACUACAUUUGUAUGAUUGACCUCCUGGGACGAUCCGGCCAGAUCGAUCGAGCACAAGAACUCGUCCUAGACAUGCCGUACGAGGCCGAUGGAGUCGCGUGGAGAGCAUUGCUCUCGUCUUGUAUCGUACAAGGGGACGAAGAGAGGGCCCAGAGAGCCGCAGGACUAAUCUCGGCCGUCGAUCCCCGGCAUCCAACGACUUACAUUUUGCUAGCCAAUGUGUAUGCUACGGCCUUCGUGUAG